AUGGCGCCACCAGAUCCGAUGACCGAAGAAGAACUUCACGAAUUAAGUGAACGUUUAGAAGCUCAAUGUCGUGACCAUGACAAACGCGAAGCCGAUAUUUUAUCACGUGAGAGUCUACUUAAAUCUCGAUUAACAGAUUUGACGGGUCGCGAGCAGCGACUUCUUAGUUGGGAAUCUGAUUUGAAAGACCGCGAAUCAAUUAUUAGUAAAAAAGAAAUUUCAUUAGAAGAACGCGAAAUUACCUUGAAGCAGCUAGAAAUCGCGGGUCGUGGAAUUAACGUUACCGAAAAGGAACUCGCGGAAAGGGAGGCUGAAUUAAAUGCUUUCGCAAAAGAACUCGAAGAUCGAAGAGCCGAAUUAGAUAAUAAAGAGACAGAAAUCGAAAAUCAAGCGCGGGAAUCAGCGGAUGUUUUCCGCCAGGCCAGAACCUUGGAAGCCGAACGCUAUCACGAACGGGAAAACUCCCUCAAGGAGCUUAAAAGUUCGUUGGAUCAAGCUCGUAACGAUUUACAGGCUAGGGAGGAUGCUCUGAAUCAGCGGGAAACCGAAAUCGAAGCUCAAAGCAAAGAACUUCAAGAAACCGCCGCGGGCUUGACACGGAUGAUUCGUGAAAUUAAAGAAGCAAAAAAAUCUGAAGGAAAAAAAUUAGAAACAAAAAAAUCAGAGGAGCCCUCCGCAAUUUUAUUAUUAAAAAAGGAAUUUACCCAAUUAAAAGGCAAAGAAACAAAACCCGUUGUAGUCGAUUCGGUAACCGGUAACAGUAACAUCACAGUAAGAGAUGCGCUAUCUUAUGUCCCUACUUUUAACGGGUCUAGCUCUUCAGUAUCAGACUUUAUCAGAUCCUGUAAAAGAGCAUGCUCCAUGCUCCCUACUAGUUCCGAAUUCAUGUUUUUGACCUUGUUGCGUCAAAAAUUUAAAAGUCCAGCGCGCACUACGGUAGAGAACAUGUGA